AUUCCGAGUAAUUGAACUGGUGGAUCUGACUUUGAGUGAUCUCAGAAAGAGAGAAAUAGUUGAUUUAGCAUAUUAUUUUCGAAAACACUACUCUUUCAGAUAGGAUAUUAGAAACUUAUUGUGAGCAUUUUACAAACAAUAUGACAUAUAUGGAUAGUUAAUGGGAUAGUUCAUGAAAAACCUAUCUUAAUGGAUGUCAUUGAUGAAAUAUAAAACGUAGUUACAGGUAUUCGUGGUACCAUUUCUGACACGAACUACAAAUGUCAUGUCGUCGUAGAAGUCAUACAACUCCGGGUUAUUUACAACCUAGAACUUUGGAUGACCGGAUUAGGGACGACUAUCGCUAUAAUUAUCGAGGAUCAAGGUACUCAAGGCGCUAUCAACCAAAUUAUGACGACUUCUACGCACGUCCGCCUUCUGUAUAUCAGCCUGUAGAACCCUAUUAUCCUAGGCCUCGUGAAUCCUACUACGUUCGUCCGCCUUCAGUUUAUCAGCCUACAGAAACACUUUAUCCUGGGCCUAUGCCAAAUAGUUAUCAGCGUCAUAGUUAUGCUCAACCUGUUUCUUAUCAGCCUGUUUAUCCAUCAUAUCGCGAAGAUGUGUACGCUCCGAGCACCUAUUCGUCGUAUCCACGUCGUCGUUCAAUGUCUAACAAUCCUCUGAUAGACCCUGACACGAUUUCCAAUAAUGGCAAUACACUUUCCUAUUCUCCGCGUACAUACCCAAGGGUUCAGAUUUACCAUACAAGGAAUACAAACGAUGGGUACUAUUAAUAAAGAGGAUACACAUCUUCUGGUUUCUGUUUAAACCAUGUUGAGUUUUGUUUUUAAUCUUCAGAAUGUUUUGAAGAAUUAAGAAAUAUAUCACGAGAUGCUUUGAUCAUACUCUGAACAUAAACCUUUUUGAAUAAUGUAUAAUUAAAAAUGAGCUUAUAAGCAAGAAUUUUAAAAUUUCUUUAUAUUUAAAUACAUUUUUUUGACAUCUUUUUCUUUUUUUUGAAUUUGUUAUAUAAUCAUAUGAAGAUGAAUACAUGAACUGUUGUUUUAAUGAAAAGAUGUAACAUAAAUAUUUAUGUUCAUCAUCUAGGCAACUAACUAUUAAUGUUAACUUGAAUAAAGAAUGAAAAUUUAAAGGAUUUUUUUGAAUAAAGAACUAUCGUAUGUUUACUGUUAAAUAAUGAAUUAAUUCCAAUAAAAUAUUUAAGAAAUUAAAUUAUUUUGUUUGUCAGUAUUAAUUUAUUCUCAUGUGAUAAGAGUAACAUCUAUUGUAUUAUACGUACAAUAAUUAUUUCUAGAUACAUUGAAUUAUAAAUACUUAAAACUCUGCAACUGAAUACUUUAGGAUAAUUAAAGGCCUAAUAAUUAAAUUCUGUUGUUCAGAGUACAGUUCACAUAUCGCUUAUUGAUUACCUAGGUAAAUAUACUAAGUUCAGUGGUAAUGAAAUG